AUGCCGGCCCAGAAUUCAAACGUGCCUAAGAAGCAGCAGAGAAUUGUGAACAACUCGCUAUCCCCAUCUCUCGCCCAACGCCUAACAAGCAAAAAGAAUCAAGCCUACGACGCGGCCAGGUUUGGGCUCGACGUCACGGCCAACAUAGCUGAGGGAUCGGAUCUACUUGCUCCUCUGAAGGCUGUAUGCCGAGCGACAAAAUCAAUCCUCGAGACCAUACAGGCAAUCGAGGGCAAUCAAGAAGAAUGGACCAACCUUACUCGACGCUUGAAGGGAUAUCUGUCUGCGCUUGAAGAGCGGAUCACCUUGUUUGAGAAAUACUCUCCAGAGGACAGGAUCGUCGACGAGGCGUUCAGCCAGCCGCUUAUCCACUAUACAGAGUUCCUCGAAACUUUGCAUGAUUCUGUCGUCGACCUCCAGAAGAAACGCAGCCGCAGUAAACUCGAGUUCUUUACAGGAGGAGUCGAUGCCAGAGACAUUCUCGAACUCAAUAGAGAUGUCGAGGACCAGCAUAGGCAGUUCAUGGAGGCAUUGAGCGUUUUCCUCGCAUUACGCACUCAAGUCAUCGAGCGGAACACCAAAGUGACCAAGGAAGAUGCCCAAGCUACUAAAUUCGACAUGGAGGCUGUAAAGGCUGAUGUGAAAACGAUUCGGGCAGAUGUCGACGCCUCUGUCAUACUUCAGUUACCAACGGUGGCGUUCGUUGCAUCUUCAGUUCACAACACCUGUCUGAAAGGAACGCGUGAGGCGGUUAUUCAGACGAUCCGGUGCUGGGCCGAUGAUGAUGGUCUGGAGAUGCCGAUAUUUUGGUUGUGUGACAUAGCUGGAUCUGGAAAGUCCACAGUCGCCAUGUCCGCAGUGGAAUUAUGGCGUAAUGAGGGAUUGCUAGGCGGCCGAUUCUUCUUCUCCAUAGCAAGUAGCGACGCAUCGACUACGGACAAGUUCUGCGCUACUAUGGCAAGAGACCUCGUUCAUUACAUCCCCGACCUUGCAUCGUGCAUUGCUGGAGCCGUGAAACGGAAUCCGUCUUUGAUGCGAAGCCCCCUCGACGAGCAAUUCCAGAUACUCAUCACCUACCCUAUUCGCCAUCGACAACGGCGCGUAGUUCUUGUCAUCGACGCUCUUGACGAGUGUCAAUCUGAAUCACAGCGAAGAGAGCUUGUCGAUACACUUGUUGCGGCUGUUAGGGAAUGCAAGAACCUCAGAAUAUUUAUUACAAGUCGUCCGGACUCUGUCGUUGAAGCAGCUUUGGGCUCGCUUGCGAUCAAAACCAAGUUGGAGGACCGCCUGCACGAUCUCAAUUAUCAUGAUAACGUCAAUGAUAUCGCCAUAUAUAUACAUAACUCACUAGAAAAGGUGCUGUCGGAGGACAAGAGGGGAAGGCUGGUCGAGAGAGCCAAUGGAUUGUUCAUUUGGGCAAGCACCGCGUGUCGAAUGCUUAGUAACAAGACUAGACUGAGGUCCGCGGCGGAAAUAUACAAUCGUCUCAUUUCCAUGGACCAGAGCGGUGUCAUCGACGAUCUGUACGGUCUCAUCCUCGAGCGCAUAGACCCCGAAGACUACGUGGUCAUGUAUGAGAUGCUCGCUUUACUGCUCGUUGCCUUUGAGCCACUCACUACCGAUGAUCUUGAUGACAUCCUCAAACAUGCCGGAGUAGAUGGGAGCGCCAGGGGGCUAAUGGACGCUCUUGGCAGUGUACUGGGCGAAGACAAGACAACAAAUCUGAUCCAGUUUCGGCAUCCCACCUUUGUGGAGUACCUCAAACGCCGCACAAUUGUUCGACCCAUAGAUAGCCACAACAGAGUAUAUAUCAAUACCACCAACGCGCAUGGGAAAGCCGCAUCAUGGUGUCUCAAAUGCCUGAAUUCACCGGACGGUCUCAAAUUCAACAUAUGUCAGCUUGAAACGUCUUUCUACUUGAAUAGGGAAUUACCAGACCUUGACGCCAGGGUAUCAAAGUUUAUCCCGAGGAGACUUCAAUAUGCUGGCUCCCAUUGGUUGUUUCACGUAGCGGAAACUGACCAUCAAUGGCGAUCCACGUUUACAAAGGAGCUUCAACUUGUUACCCGAUCUCCAUACGUACUAUACUGGAUGGAGAUUAUGAGUUUCACAGGGGGAGUGUCACGAGCAAUAGCUGGGCUUCGAGCUGUAGAAGGCAGCACCGGAAUUGAAGAACACACUAGACGCAACAUGGAGGAGGCUCGACGGUUUAUGGUAGCAUUUUCGGUGCCGAUCCAGGAUAGCGCCUCACACAUCUAUAUUUCUGCACUUCCAUUCGCUCCCAUCAAAUCAAGACUGCAUAAAGAAGGCGUGAAUCAGCGCCAUAACAUGCUUAAUGUGGUUCGGGGGGUCGAGAAGAUGUAUCCCGGACUUCCAGCUAGUCUUCGAGGUCACCAGGGUUGGGUCAAUGCCGUCGCGUUCUCUCCGGAUGGCUCACGAAUUGUCUCUGGCUCACAUGACAAGACGAUUCGAGUGUGGGAUGUGGAUACUGGACAGCCGUUGGGAGAGCCAUUGCAUGGCCACGAAGAUUUUGUCUGGAGCGUUGCAUUCUCUCCAGACGGCUCACGAAUUGUCUCUGGGUCGGCUGAUCGGACGAUUCGAAUAUGGGAUGCAGUCACUGGGCAGUCGUUAGGAGAACCGCUUCAAGGGCACGAAAAUGGGGUUAGUGCUGUCGCGUUCUCGCCAGACGGCUCUCGGGUUCUCUCAGGUUCGGCUGACAAGACAAUUCGAUUAUGGGAUUCACUCUCUGGGACCCCCAUAGGAGAGCCGCUCAAAGGUCAUAAAAAUGGAGUCUUGGCCGUCGCAUUCUCGCCAGAAGGUUCGCGAAUCGUCUCUAGCUCGUACGACAAAACGAUUCAAAUAUGGGACGCGAUCAAUGGUCGGCCGCUGGGAGAGCCAUUCCGCAGUUACGAAUGUUGGGCCCUGGCCGUCGCAUUCUCACCGGACGGCUCACGAAUCGUCGCUGGGUCGACAGAUGAUAUGGUUCGAGUAUGGGACUUACGCACUGAGCAGUCAUUGGAAGGGCUCUCUAGAGCUCAAGGCGACUCGGUUCGAACCGUCGCGGCUUCACCAGAGGUCUCGCGAAUCGCCAGUGGCUCGCAAGAAAGUACGAUUCAAGUUCAGGGUGUACAUUUUAGAAGUGUGUUAGACUCCCCAUUCGAAGGUCACGAGGGCUUUGUCUUAGGUGUCGCGUUCUCUCUGGGGGGCUCUCAAAUUGUCUCUAGCUCGGCUGACGGGACGAUCCGAACAUGGGAUAUUGUAACUGGGCAGUCGAUACGAGAGCCGGCCAGAGGUCAAGAGCAUGGGAUUAGCACCGUCGCAUUUUCACCUGACGGCUCACGAAUUGCAUUUGGCUCGUCCGACCGCACGAUUCAAUUGUGGGAUGCAGCUAGAAAAAAUUCUUUGGGAGGCUCUCUCAGAGGUCAUGAUAGCGGAGUCCUGGCGGUCGCCUUCUCCCCAAACGGCAAACAGAUAGUCUCUGGCUCGUAUGACCAGACGAUUCGCCUUUGGGAUGUAGCCACAGGAAAGCCAUUAGGAGAGCCCCUCAAAGGUCAUGAGGAUUGGGUCAUGUCCAUCGCAUUCUCUCCUGAUGGCUCACGAAUCGUCUCCGGCUCGGCUGAUGGGACUAUUCGACUAUGGAAUAUAGCAACUGGACAGCCACUAGGAGAUCCACUCCGAGGUCAUGAAUAUUAUUGGGUCUUGGCCGUCGCUUAUUCGCCAGGUGGCUCUCGAAUCGUCUCUGGCUCAGCUGACGGGACUAUUCGAGUUUGGAAUGCGAUCACUAGACAGCCUUUGGGAGGGGCACUUCGAGGCCACGAAUACGGGGUGUUGGCCGUCGCAUUCUCGCCAGAAGGCUCGCGAAUCGUCUCCUGCUCACAUGACAAAACAAUUCGGCUGUGGGCUGUGGAGUCUGGGCAACCGCUCGCAGAUCCAAUCCAAGGACAUAAUGACUCUGUAAAAGCCGUCGCAUUCUCGCCGGAUGGUUCAAGAAUUGCCUCUGGCUCGUAUGACCAAACGGUUCGAUUAUGGGAUGCUGUACCCGGGCAGAAAUUGGGAGAGCUGCUUCGGUCUCACACAGACGCAGUUUCAGCUGUCGCGUUUUCACCAAAUGGUUCGCAAAUAGCCUCAGGUUCUCAUGACAAAACGGUUCGGAUUUGGGACGCAUACGCAAGGAAGACGUUUGGGAAGCCACUCCAAGGUCACCAAGGCUUUGUUUUGAGCCUCUCAUUCUCGCCAGACGGCUCAAAAAUUGUCUCUGGAUCGAGUGAUGAGACGAUUCGGUUAUGGGACAUUGUCACUGGACAGCCAUUGGGAGAGCCAACCCAAGGUCAUGAAGACUGGAUCAACGCCGUCGCAUUCUCACCAGACGGCUCACGAGUUGUCUCUGCCUCUCAAGACAAGACAAUUCGAGUUUGGGAUGCAAACACCGGACAGCCGUUAGGAGGGCCACUGGAAGGUCACGAAGGCCCCGUAUGGAGCGUCGCAUUUUCUCCGUGGGGUUCGCGGAUUGCAUCUGGCUCGCAGGACCAGACAGUUCGCCUGUGGGAUGUAGUCGCUGGGCAGCCAGUUGGAGAACCACUCAGAGGUCACGAAGCUGGAGUAGGCACAGUCGCCUUUUCGCCAGACGGCACCCUGAUUAUCUCCGCCUCGGUCGACGAGACGGUUAGAUGGUGGAACGCAGUCACCGGAGCGCCGUUAGGAACGCCACUUCGAGGUCAAGAUUACGGAGUUUUGACCAUCGCAGUAGCGCCAGAUGGCUCACUGAUCUAUUCUAGGUCUGCAUAUGGGAAGAUUCAUAUCUGGGAUGCAAAGACUGGACAACCGUUGGGAGUGCCACUCUCUGGGUAUGAGAGCGGUGUCUCGUGUAUCGCAUUCUCACCAGACCACUCGAAGAUUGCGAUAGUUGCUCCUUCAGCUAGCAAGAAGAUCCAUAUAUGGGAUAUAGUCACCGGAAAUCUGUUGGGAGAGCCACUCCUGGGUCACCAGGAGUCUGUCAAAGUGGUCGCAUUCUCACCAGAUGGUUCUCGACUAGUCUCCGGCUCUGAUGAUAAAACUAUUAGACUGUGGAAUACAUACACAGGUCGAUCAUUGGGAGAGCCGAUCCGAGGUCACCAAGGCGAGGUCAGAGCCAUCGCAUUCUCGCCAGAUGGAUCACGAAUCCUCUCUGGCUCGACCGACAUGACCGUUCGUGUAUGGGACGCAGGAAUAAGUGAGUGUAGCUUGUAA